AUGGCGGAAGAAGAAGAAGAAUCUGAACUCAGCGGGAAGCAGAAAGUUGAGAUAGCGAAAUGGUUUCUUCUUAAUUCUCCUCCCGGAGAAAUUCAAUACGUUGCCAAAGAUGUGAAAUCCAUUCUCAACGACGAAGGUUUGUUCAACGAAGCUGCUUCCGAAGCGUUUCCUCUUUACAACAAAUCGCACUUCAUUGUUAUUUCAAUGCCUGACCGAAGCGGAGACGUACUGGUUACUUCCUUUGGUGAGCUUGAGGAAAAUGCGUUUCUUGAUCCUAGGACUGCUCAAGUUGCAAUAGUUGACCAUGUUAAACAAGUUUGUGAAGAGGUGAGACCUGCACUGGAUGAAGAACUUGCAUCUGCAUACAUUGAAGAAUUUCGAUUCAGUCUGGAUGCUGAGAUACUUAAAUAUGUGGAAGAAGUUUAUCCAAAAGGUGUCUGCUCUGUCUACUGUGUAAAUGGAAAGGAUUCAGAGGGUCCGGGUUCUGAUUUUGAGCUUGCCGUAGUGAUUUCUGCUUCUAGGCACAGCCCACAGAAUUUCUGCAAUGGGAGUUGGUGUUCAGUUUGGAAUAUUGAUUUCAAAGAUGAACAACAAACCGUGGAAGUAAAAGGGAAACUGCAGGUUGGUGCCCAUUAUUUUGAGGAGGGAAAUGUGCAGUUAGAUACAAAACAUGAAUGCAAAGAUGCAACUCUUUUUCAGGCCCCUGAGGAUUGUGCGCUUGCCAUAUCAAGCAUUAUUCGUCACCAUGAAACAGAAUACCUUGCUUCUCUUGAGGCUUCAUAUCUAAACCUUCCCGAUUCUACUUUCAAGGAUCUUCGGAGGAAGCUUCCAGUCACCCGCACCUUAUUUCCAUGGCACAACACUUUGCAAUUUAGCUUGACAAGAGACAUCUCAAAAGAACUUGGCAUUGGAAAGUAA